AUGGCUUGGCGCAAUGCAGGAUCUGCUGCUCGUUCUUUCGUCUCCGCCACCGCAAGAUCACCGUCUCUCCGUUCCCCAACAACGGCGCUUCCUCGCCUCCGUCCUUCCCCAUCAUCCUUACCUGGCCGUCGUUUCUCCUUUUCAUCGCCUUCCAGGAAUCUAGGAGCACUUGGUUGCACACAGUCUUUCUUGCCGCUGUACAGUGUUGUGGCUGCUUCUCAGCUCACAUCUCACCUGAAUGUUAACUUGAGGGCUUUCUGCGAGCUGUCUAACGGUACUUGA